GCAGCAGGUUUCAGGAGGGCACCGCCGUUAGAUAAUCGCAUUUAUUCUCCCCUCGGACGCGGCGGGGACCAAUGGAAGCGCAGCGACGAGCCCAGCACGGAGAAGAAAUCAUUUUUAUUUAAUUCCCUCCAACUCCGGAGCCGCCUGGAGAGGCGACGUGUGCAGACCGCUGAUGCUGCACAGACACCCGUCCAACCCCGCAAACUUCAGACUGGAUCUAUAAACUGUAUUAAUCCUCCGAUGCUCUCUGCAGGUCUCUGCCAGCUGCCGGGCGACUUUCAGCGUCGUAAUUACACAGCAAUUAUACAAUUAUGGAUUAAUUAGCGAGAGAGCGGCUUCAUUAUAGCAACAGAUGAGAGAAUGUUAAAUAACAGAGACGUUAAAGAGCUGAGGCAGCCCACCUGCGGCCUUUAAGCUUCUCUGUGGAUCCUCCUCCUAACCUCCUGUCAACUGGAUACACAAGUACCUCUUCCAUCCCGUCACACACCCUGAAGCCAGCAUGCCCAUCAUCAGUAAUACCAAUCAGGACUUCAGCACCUACUCCAUCAGCAGUGACGACAGCAGCCUUGACCGCUUCUUCACCGAGAUCCCUGAGACUGAGACGAUCAAGGGCGUUUACUUCCAGCGCGCCCAGCUGCUUCGUGACCCCAAAGCCUCGUACGUGGUCGACCACACCUUGCAGGUUCUCAUCAAUGUCGGGGGCAACCGCUACACCUUCCCCUGGAGCACCUUGGAGCAGUUCCCCCAGAGUCGUCUGGGACGUCUGCGCUUCUGCACCACCCCCGAGGAGAUCGCGCGACUCUGUGACGACUACGAUGAGACGUGUCAGGAGUACUUCUUUGACCGAAACCCGACAGCCUUCAGGGUCAUCCUCAAUUUCCUGGCUGCAGGCAAAUUGCGUCUGCUUCGGGAACUGUGUGCUGUCUCGCUGCACGAUGAACUUGACUACUGGGGCGUGGACCCGGGCCAUAUGGAGCGUUGUUGCCGUCGCCGCAUGAUCACCCGUGUAGAGGAGGUGACUGAGCGAGAGCGCAAGGAAGAGGAGUGGAGGCAGAAAAGGGUGAUGCUGAAGAAAAGCAACACACAGGCUGAAAAGGGCCACAGCAGACUGACCUGGAUUCUGCGAGAAGUGGUGGAAAACCCUCAGUCAGGGUUGGCCGGGAAGAUGUUCGCCUGCCUGUCUGUGGUCAUGGUUCUGAUCACUGUCAUCAGCCUGUGCAUCAGCACCAUGCCAGACCUCCGAGAUGAAGGCGACAGGGGCGAGUGCUCCCAGAAGUGCCGCAGCAUGUUUGUGGUGGAGUCCAUCUGCGUGGCGUGGUUCACCUUGGAGUUUGUGCUGCGAUUUGUCAACGCUCAGAGCAAGCUGGCCUUCGCUCGCGGCCCCCUCAACAUCAUCGACGCCAUCGCCAUCCUGCCGUACUACGUGUCCCUGGUCGUCGAUGUGAGAGAUGAGUCACAGGAGGAUGUCAUCAUGGGCGCCGGCAGAGGCUAUCUGGACAAACUGAGCCUGAUCCUGCGCUUGCUGCGGGCCCUGCGGAUCCUGUACGUGAUGCGGCUGGCUCGCCACUCUCUGGGCCUGCAGACGUUGGGGCUCACCAUGCAGCGCAGCAUCAGGGAGUUCGGCCUGCUGCUGCUGUUUGUCUGCGUGGCCGUGACCCUGUUCUCACCUCUGGUCCAUCUAGCGGAGAGUGAACUGGCGCCAUUUGCCGCCACGCACCACCAGCACAGCUUCAGCAGCAUCCCGGCCUCCUACUGGUGGGCCAUCAUCUCGAUGACCACGGUGGGCUACGGCGACAUGGUGCCGCGCAGCAUCCCCGGACAGAUAGUCGCACUGACCAGCAUCCUGAGCGGCAUCCUCAUCAUGGCGUUCCCCGCCACGUCCAUCUUCCACACCUUCUCCCGCUCCUACCAGGAGCUCAAGCUGGAGUAUGAGCGGCUGUGGAAGGAGGAGAGAGGCGAGGAAAUAGCCGCGGAGUCGGAGGAGAGUUGGUCCAAAGUCGAUCUGUCACCAGAUGAGCUCACGUCUGUGUCCAAGGAACACAAUGACGGGCGGAUGUCCAGCAGGAAUCAUCCAUCCACACUUCCAUCUACAGCUUUCUGACGGACCAGGAAAAGCGCAGGCAGACACUUUCAUCCACUCAGUACAUGUUAAAAAUGGUGACAACACACUCUCUCCUAUAUAAGCACAUUUAGACUCUAAAGGACUGUUAUAUUGUGUUACACUUUAUUUAUAUUUUGUGUUCUGGAUUCAUGCUUUAAUAGCUUUCAACAAACUCUAUCUAGCACUUAUGAGGUUAAACUAAGCUUUUUUUCCCAUUACGUGCAUCACGACAUAAUAAACCUUUAAUGACGAUUUGAACAAUAGGGGAGAGCGGGGUGAUUUGAGCCUGCGGGGAAGUUGAGCCAGCCCUUGUUUCUCUGCAGCCAUAGACAAAAUUGGUCAUCCAAUUUACUGACCCUGUGAGGCCCGUGGAAUAAGUGAUCACAUUUUAUGUUCAAGGAGUCAUGAUUCUUGUGUCUGAACAAUUACAGACAAGUUUGAAAAAAUCUCACACGUGUUAGAGCUUUAGGAAUAUGAGGCUAUACUGUUAGCAUGACAAAAGACCGGGGGGAAGUUGAGCCAGCUAUUUUACAGUGAUUCCGCACUGCAUUCUUACAUUUUUAUCACCGAAGUGAAUUUUAGACCAGAAACCACCAUGCCAUGCUUCUGUAAAUGGAGGACAGACAGAGCUUCAACUCCUCUUGUGGAUUUGGACACAGCGGUUGGAGAGGUAUAGAACGGGAAGUCCAUACGUCAGGUGGGAUAGGAGAUCAACAGGAUGACUUUAAAAAGUGAUAAAUUGAUAUAAACCAAAUAGGAGACCCGUCAAAAAGUUCAGUGAAAUGUUAUGAACUAACAUUUCAGUUUGCAUGAUGAAAUUUCAUUAGGGAUGCACCGAAUGUUCGGCCACCGAAAUUAAUUAGCUGAAAAUAGAAAAAAAAAGUGCUUUCGGUGUUCGGCCUAAUACAUCAGAAGAAAUUUU